GUAACGUGCAAGGGGGAAGGAAACAAGGUUCUGAGCGAUCAUUUGCUUUAUUGGAAGGCAGAAGCUCUUGUGAGCGGUCGAAUCAGGAGAAAUGGCUAAACGCAGCUUCUCCAUGUUAGAGAUGUUCCUGAUUUUCCUCCUUGUAAUGAUGACUGCGGUCACGGUGGCCCUUCUCAGCCUCUUGUUUAUCACCAGUGGGACCAUUGAAAACAACAGAGAUUCAGGUUAUUCAACCACCCAGAGCCCUCAGGCCACCCAGAGCCCUCAGGCCAACGAGAGCCCUCUGGUCAUGCAAGACUCCACAGCCCCUCGAGGCUCAACACUGACCCAGGGCCACAUGGCCACCCGGAUGUCUCCAGUGACCAGCACCCUGGAGACCACUCCAUUUCAGAACUUCAGUGGCUACCAAAUUGGUGUUGGGCGAGCUGACUGCACAGGACAAGUGGCAGAUAUCACUUUGAUGGGCUACGGCAAAAGUGGUCAGUAUGCUCGGGGUAUCCUCACAAGGUUGUACAGUCGUGCUUUCAUCAUGGCGGAACCUGAUGGGUCAAAUCGAAUGGUGUUUGUCAGCAUCGACAUAGGCAUGGUAUCCCAACGACUCAGGCUGGAGGUCCUGAACAGACUGCAGAUGAAAUAUGGCUCCCUAUACAGAAAAGAUAAUGUCAUCCUGAGUGGCACUCACACACACUCGGGGCCAGCUGGAUAUUUCCAGUACACUCUAUUUGUGAUUGCCAGCGAAGGAUAUACUAAUCGAACUUUUGAGUACAUGGUCACUGGCAUCGUGCAGAGCAUUGAGAUAGCACACACAAAUAUGAAACGAGGCAGAAUCUUGAUCAACAAAGGAAAUGUGGAUGGUGCGCAGAUCAACCGAAGCCCUUACUCUUACCUUCAGAAUCCCCAGUCUGAGAGAGCAAGGUAUUCUUCAAAUACAGACAAGGAAAUGAUAGUCUUGAAAAUGGUGGAUUUGAAUGGAGAUGACCUGGGCCUUAUCAGCUGGUUUGCUGUCCACCCAGUCAGCAUGAACAACAGCAAUCAUCUUGUAAAUAGUGACAAUAUGGGCUAUGCAUCUUACCUGUUUGAGCAAGAAAAGAACAAAGGCUACCUACCCGGAGAGGGACCGUACGUAGCAGCUUUUGCUUCAUCAAACCUGGGAGAUGUGUCCCCAAAUACUCUCGGCCCGCAUUGCAUCAACACAGGAGAGUCUUGUGACAACCCCAAUAGCUCUUGUCCUAUUGGAGGGCCUAACAUGUGCAUUGCUAUGGGACCUGGGCAGGAUAUGUUCGACAGCACACAAAUUAUAGGACGGAUCAUAUAUCAGAAAGCAAAGGAACUGUAUGCCUCUGCCUCCCAAGAAGUUACUGGACCAUUAGCUUCAGCUCAUCAGUGGGUGAAUAUGACGGAUGUCACCAUCUGGCUCAAUUCCACACACACUGCAAAAACGUGUAAACCAGCACUGGGCUACAGUUUUGCUGCUGGCACCAUCGAUGGAGUUGGAGGCCUCAAUUUUUCGCAGGGGGCAAUGGAAGAGAAUCCGUUUUGGGACACCAUUCGGAAUCAGCUCCUGGGCAGUCCAUCUGAAGAAAUCAAAGAAUGUCAUAAACCAAAGCCAAUCCUUCUUCACACUGGAGAGAUGUCGAGACCUAAUCCCUGGCACCCAGAAAUUGUUGAUGUUCAGAUUAUUACUGUUGGGUCCUUGGCUAUAACUGCCCUCCCUGGGGAGUUUACGACCAUGUCUGGACGAAGAUUUCGGGAGGCAGUUCAAGCAGAAUUUGCGUCUUAUGGGAUGCAGAAUAUGACUGUUGUUACUUCAGGUCUAUGCAAUGUUUAUACACAUUACAUUACCACCUAUGAAGAAUACCAGGCUCAGCAGUAUGAGGCAGCAUCUACAAUUUAUGGACCACAUACUCUGUCUGCUUACAUCCAGCUCUUCAGAGCCCUUGCUAAGGCCAUUGCUACGGACUCAGUAGCCAACCUGAGCAGUGGUCCAGAGCCUCCAUUUUUCAAACAACUGAUAACCAAUUUAAUUGCUAAUAUUGUGGAUAAAGCACCAACAGGGAAAACUUUUGGGGAUGUCCUGCAGCCCCUGGAACCUAAAUACAGAGUGGGAGAAGUUGCUGAAGUUACAUUUGUAGGUGCUAACCCAAAGAAUUCAGCAGAAAAUCGGACCCAUCACACCUUCCUCACUGUGGAGAAAUAUGAGGCCACUUCACAAACGUGGCAGAUAGUGCAUAAUGAUGCCUCCUGGGAGACUCGUUUCUAUUGGCACAAGGGAUUACUGGGUCAAAGCAAUGCAACAAUACAAUGGCAUAUUCCAGAAACUGCCCAGCCUGGAAGCUACAGAAUAAGAUACCUUGGACACUAUCGGAAGCAGGACUUUCUCAGACCCGCUGUCAUACUUUCAUUUGAAAGCACUUCUUCCACUUUUGAAGUUGUAACUACUUAGCGAAAAGUUGACAAAUCAUUUAAAGAAAAACUGUCCUCUGUAUAAUUUAUAUAAAUGAUUUCACAUGAAUGUAAACCAUUAUGAUGACUUCUAUAAUUGUCCCUGUUUGGGGACAGACAGUUUGCUGCUCAUGGGACAGAGGUGUGUGUGUGUCCCAUUUAUCUUGCUCUAGCAGCUUUUUAUCUCGUGGUCUACAGCCUAAAGCAUGAUCUUGCCCUGGGGACUUGUGGCUGUUUAAAGGGACAAUUCCCCUCAAUAAGGAAUGUCUGAAAUGUUAGUAAGGUGGCUGAAGAUGUAUGAACAAUGUUUAAACUAUUUAUUUAUAGAAUUAUUGAAUGUUAGCACUGGAAAAGUUUAGAUCAUCUAGCUUGAUCUUUCAUUCGCAGAUGGGAAAGAUAAAGUUCUAUGGAUUUAAGCUUAGCAUAAGGCUACAGGACCUUUCCCCCAGCCACAUUUAUAAAAUAUUAAAUAAACAUUGACCACAAGUAUACAAGCUCAAGUAGAGAAAAUGAGCAUACCAGUUUUUUUGUAUUGAGCAUAGCCUUUCAAAGCCAUUGCCCUGGAAUUGAUAUGCCUAAUCCAGAGUUUUGUUGAUGCUCAAAUCAUUUUUGGAAUUGCUUUCAGAGCCCAGUUAUGAGAAAGUCAAACUUGUAAUAUUUUGAUCAUGGCUUGUAUUUCCCUAAGUGCUCUUAUCCCAUUGAAUUGUGUCUCGUUCCCAGGACUUGUUUUAAGUGAUUUUUGACUUUUUUCACUAAUCAAAUUUACCCCAAAACCAUGAAGCUUUGCCAUUAGUAUAGAUAUUAAAAUGAAAGUGUUACUGGCUUGGAAUUGAGUCCUCAAAGGCGGCAGCUCUAAAUUCACUUAUAUAUUCUUUUAUCACUCAUUCACUCACUCACUUAUGGGCCCAUCAAUCAUAGAAUAUUUGUUAAGACUUACUCUCGUGCCCAACAUUGUACUAGUGCCUGGCCUUGACAAUUAGUGAGAUCAUAUUUGGGAGGAAUGUAUAAGUGUCAAAAGAUGACGAUUUUGAAGGAGAAAAUAUUCAAUUCAACAUAUAAGUUCUGAGGAGGCAUUUACAAAUCAGUAAUC